GCCGAGUUUGCUGUUGAGCAUUAAGUUAUGUUUUCCGUCUUGUAUCGUACAUAGUGAGUUUUUUUUUUUUGGCUUUAUCAGUAGCUUAGAGUGAAAAUGUGGUGCCGAAAAUGUGCUUUCGAAGAAAUUGCUUUCAUCCUUCACCAGGCCUCAGCUCUGGAAUACAACGCAUCUGUACCAAUACUUUUUUAAGGUUAAUUCAGUUAUCCAAAGUUAAAAGAUGGCGGAGGAUGAAGGGAGGCGAGCUCAGUCACCCAGUCGGGGCCUUAAGGAUGAUAAGCGAAGAGGUCCCCGCAACUUGGUGCUGAGAAGAUCAGAAGCUUCAGGCUUUGGCUUCACACUCCGCCAUUUCAUCGUCUACCCUCCAGAAUCAUACACGCUGCUUGGAGAGAAGGAAUGCGAUGGACCGAUGGACACGAUAUUUGUGAAAUGGGUACGGCCCGGUAGCCCUGCUGCAGAGGCCGGAUUGUCCACCGGUGAUCGUUUAGUGAGAGUCAACGGAGAACCCACCGCAGGCAAAACUUAUGCUCACGUUGUGCGCCUUAUCCAGCAAUCCUCCCCCGUCCUCAGGCUGUUGGUCCUACCUAAAGAAGAGGACCUCCUACAAUUGUACUUCAGUGAAACUGCUCAUAAUCCAGAAACUAAUCAAAGACCAAUUCGAGAAUCCUCUGUCACAAGAUCUUCCUCAAUGCAGCGUGCCUCUUGCCAACUCAGUGGUGAAAUGGACAACACAAGUUUGGGUUGUCCACAACCAAGACUUAGUGUGGACAUUCCAACGUCUCGCCGUGGCUCACAGGAUACCCACUCCAGUGAUGAUAGCCUCAUUAUGAACAGAAUCCGUAAAAGUUUAGAACAAAAGGAGGAGUUCCUGAGGACACCACCUGUGACGUGCAGUAACAGGGAGUACUACAUGAGGCCUGGGAAGCUGCCUACUCCUCAUUGGCCACCAGCCAUACCUGCAUCCUCUGUCCAACCGAGAGGAUUCAUCUAUGGUGGGGCAGUUACUAACAUGCCUGGAACAGGUAAUAUACCUGUAGUGGAUGAUCGCUGUAGGCUGACCGCAAGGCGACCGGUGAGGGACCUCCUUUCACCUCCACCCAAUACCCACCAGUUGAGGAUGGUCUCCGAGCGAGCGAGGCAGUUCGAAACUGGUAUGCUGCUUGCGGACAGGACUGAUUUAUACAGGAGCGAACUGGCGAGGCUAGGUAGCAAGAGAAAUGUCCCUAAUGUUGCUGUGAGGCGGAAAGAGUUCGAAAACAGAGGUGACUGGAGAAAACACAGGGAAAGCCGGUCGUUGGACAGUAAUACAACUUCUCCCCAUCAACGAAGCUUAUCACCUCCAGUAUCUACAGGCAAUCGUACCAUACCAGUUGGCAGUACAAAGAUUCAUUGUGAUCCACCAAAAGAUUUUCACCAGCUCUCGCCAGAGAGAAAGACUAUCGAACGACCGAGAUCCAACUCAGCAGAAGGUGUUUGGGGCGAGAAAGACCAACCUCACCGGCACAAAGCUGUCCGCCAAGACUCUUAUCUUGCUGCUGUUAAUAAACCGAUCCGAAACAGAAGGCCGGAGAUCUCAAUUCUGGUGACUGAGGCACCUCCUAAGAAGCCAACGAGGCCGGACACCCUGCCAUUAGCACACACCAACUGUCCGGCGGCACAACCGUCGCCAGGUGAAAGAGAAAACCGACUGACCCCAGAUUCUCGCUCACUAGACAGUUCUCCUGCUUCGGAACCAGUCUUCAGGAGAAAUAAAUCUCACCCCAAUGAUGAGCAGGGUUCAGAGGAAGACGAAAGGACCACUCGGAGAGUAUCAUACCUCAAAGCAACUUGGGGUGGGCGAAUAAAUGUUGACUCAGAUCAGGAGCUCAGCGAUAAUGAACCUCAGCUUGCAUCGCCUCACAAGGGUGUCAAUGACAUACCUCAGAAAGACCAGGAGAUUGUAGCCGAGGGGACAUUAUAUUGCAAAGUUAUUUUAGUGGAUGGAAAGAAGGCACAUGAUCGGUCUUGGCGGCAGACUUGGGGUGUUGUGAGGGGCCAAGUAUUAUACCUUUUCAAAGACAAGAAAGAAGCCAAUUCUGAGACGCCAGUUGAUCACGAGAGAAUAGACUUGAGCACGAGCAAAGCCUCCUCAGCUGACGACUACACUAAGAGAAGGCAUGUUAUUCGCUUGUCAACUCCCAACAUCUCAGAGAUACUGCUCCAGGCCGAGUCUCAGCAUGACAUGUCUAAGUGGCUGAGUGCCCUUGGUGGUGGGCUCCCGCAACAAGAUUCAACAGCAACUAGUGGUCAAAAUGUCUCCCCAGUCGCCCCUCACAAGGGGAUCAUGAAGCUCACUACCACUUUUAGAAAUCGUUCGCCUACUGGGCAAUCGCCCGUCAACAAGACUCGUAAACCCAGCCAAUCUGAAGUUAUUGUUGGUUCUCCUAAAAGUAAAACUUGGAAGGGGAUGGUAGCCAAACAAUUGAGGAGGAUCCAGACUGGCUCUCCAGUAUCGCCAACUGCGCCACCUACCUAUCCAGAGGGGGCAACUAUCGGUGUCCCUCUCUACCUCUGCCCACCGUCUAAAAACAAUGAGUUUGUGCCGCUUCUAGUCGAACUGUGUACAAGUAUAGUUGAAGAAAGAGGAUUAGAAAUAAUUGGAAUAUACAGGGUACCCGGUAACACAGGAGCUGUGACAUCCCUUACAGAGGCAGUGAACAAGGGUCUCGAGAGUGCCCUCCUCGACCAGGAACAGCGAUGGACUGACGUCAAUGUGAUAUCCUCCCUCCUCAAACUGUUCUUCAGGAACCUCCCGGACUGUUUGCUCACCACCGAACAGUACCCCAUGUUCAUCGCCGCUGAUAAGUUGGAAGAUCCUAGGAUGAGGAUACUAGAGAUUAGGAGGCUGGUUCAUGAGCUUCCAGAUCAUCAUUUAGAAACAUUGAAACACCUUAUGAAACACUUGAAACUUGUUGUUGAGCACUCAGCUAUCAAUAAGAUGGAGGCGAGAAAUUUGGCGAUUGUGUUCGGUCCGACUCUUGUACGAGCUGGUGAUGAUAAUAUGGUUACUAUGGUCACUGAUAUGUCACACCAAUGCAGAGUGGUCGAAACACUUAUUCAGCAUGCUGACUGGUGCUUCAGCGAUGAUGGACCAGAAAGUUUAAUUCUGGAUGACAAUAGUUCAAACGAAAACCAUUCCCUUCCUGAAUCUGAGACUAAUCAACAAACCCUACUCUUAGGCAACGUUCACAAACUAGGAGGUAUGAAAAGUGAAGUAAGUAGGAGAGACAUCGUUUCAUCAAUCAUUACUGCUGCCAACCGCAAAAUGAUGAAGUCCAAAACCCGCAAAAGUCUGCCUUCCACUGCCGUUCCCAGCGAUGACACCUCGCCAAAUGAUAAAGGUGAUAAAAAGGAGAGCAUUGGAGGGAUUCUCCUACAGCGAAGGAAGGAAAGCGAUCCAGGAUCAACCGACAAUAAGUCAGUUGCGACCAGCAUCGCUGGUGCCAUCGCCUCUGGGGUACGUGGCUCCGUAUUAUUUCCAGGAGCGAUAGAUCUCCAUGCCCAAGCAAACAUUAACAACAAAGAGAUACCUUCGGACAAGACUGAUGGAGGAGAGGUUAAGGAACCACGACCAAGUAAGUCGCCGCCGCCUCAGCCACCGACCAGCGACGGGACCAUACUGACCUACACAGGCCUAUCAGAAGCCUACAAGGAGAGAAUUAGAAAGUUUGAAAUGGAAACUAAGGCUAUGCUUCAAAGAGACUUCAAUAAAGAUUGGAACAGGAUACCCCAGAUCACUCCUCCACCAGUUAUAGCUAACAAGCUAGCUGUGAACGAGGGAGCUGGCUUGGCCAAAUGGAAGCAGAUAACUUCGCCUCAGCUGACAGUCGAAGAUGACAGAGUCGGCAGCACCCGAGCGAGUUCUCUUGAUUCUCUGACAGAAUCAAAUAAUAAUAAUACGACCACCAAUAACAACAAUAGCCAUGACACUGUGGCAGACCUAGUCUCCACCCUGACAGAUACAUUCGAUGCCAAGAUGAAGUCGCUCGGCUUGCUAUCCAGCAGCCCUUCUAAUGAUCCUCAACCUCCAACUGCUCUGUCGUUCCGAGACCCGAGUCUACAUCGCAGCUUUACAUCGCCCAACCUUGAGAUGAAAGUUUUGGAAACCCACAUCGACAGCAGCAAAGAGGGAACUGAAAAUGAAGAAAAGGAAAAAGAAGAAGAGAAAAGGGAUAAGGAUGAAGUUGAAAAAGAUGAUGAAAAGGAAAAUUGUAUUUUUCGCCUAAAAAGGUCUGAAUCAUUCAAGCAAAGAGAAGAGAAAAAAGAAGCACCUGUGAAAUUGCUGCGUCGUGCAGAGUCGCUGAACAAGAAAGAGGGUCGAAGUGGAGGAUUGAAGAGGUCAGAUUCACUGACAAAGACUGAGAAAACAGACUUGAACCAGAUGCGUAGGAAGCAGGUAUUGGAAACAGGGGCCAAGUCAAAGAUGAAACGCAAGACUGGUGGUGGAAGCGAGCGUUCUAUCAAGCGGCGACACACCGUGGGUGGUACGAAGGACUUUGACAAGACAACUUGGUUGGACAACAGGGAGCGGGAGGCCGCGGAGGAGGAGAGGAGGACCAGCUCUCCCGAUCUAGUGUCCAGCGGUCAGCAGGUGGUAGUGUGGGCUGCGCCACGACUAUAGCAAUCGGCUAGCAAUUCUCUCUUCUAGUCCAUCGCCUCUGCCACAAUCCGCCGAUACUGGAGACUAUAAGGCAGGUUGUAUGGUUACCAUCAUGUGCAAAUGUUUUUUCAAAUGUCUUUAAUUUAAAUACAAGAAGAAACGUCAGUAUUUUUUUUUAAAAUGUUUUUUAGCCUAUGAACUAAGCAAAAUAUAUUUUAAAUUUACCUGAUUUAUAUAUUAUUAUGUUGUGUUUUUUCUAAGAUGUUUUUGUUAUAUAUUUAAAUUUUGUUUAGUUUUUAUUAUUGAAAUUUACAACUGUAAUUACAAUACUAAAAGUAAAUAUAUUGAAUAAAAUAUGUAUAAAAUGAAAAUAAUACUUGGAGAAAUUACUCAGAGGUAACACUCCGAUGUAGAUAUAUGUUUUUUAAUAAUUCAAGACAAAUUUUGAUUUUUAUGUGUUAUGUUAGACUACUCAUUAUUUUCAGUGUAUAUUUAAUUGUUGAAGAUAUGUUGUUUAAGGUCUCAUAAGACAUGUUGAAGAAACAUUUAUUUAUAAAGACGGUGUUCGAAGGGAACCUCGUAAGUGAUCUCAUCAAAUAAAUAAACUAUAUAUUGUUAAUGUAAAACUGUGUAUAUAAAUUAAGAUAUCUGGGUAUAAACUAAUAUAGACGAUAUUCCAAUGUUGUAUGAUGUGCUUUCUAAAUGUAACCGAUGACACCAGUCGAGCUGUCCAAUGAAGCUCUCAAAUGUCGUCUGUGAUGAUUAUUUAUAUAUAUAUAUAUAUUGGUACAUAUAUAACAUAAGGGAGCUCUUAUAUAUUUUCAACAUUUAAUAUAAAUAUGUAUAUGUGUGGAGUUUUUUUUUUUGAAAAUGAAUCCUGUGUCUUUGUAAAAAUUAUAAGUAAUUGUAAAUAAUUUGUAUAUAAUAUAUUGUCUAAGGUGGAAAAAGAAAUUUUGAAAUAUUAGAAAUUUUUUUAUAUGUUUGUGCGUAGUUCCUUUGUACCAAAACUAAGAGGUCAUAAUGACCUAAAGACCACAUGCACAGCUUGCUCUUGACUUUAAAAAUUAUUCACCUGUGAUUUUGAUUAACUUUAUGUUUAUAUUUAUAAAUUCCUUAUAUUUUAUCUUAUUAACAUGGCAAGCUUUAUUUUAGGUGAUACAAUUAGAUGUUUUGAGUUUUUCUUUUUAUGGCGGAUAUGCAAUAAUUUAAGUUUUUAUUUAUCUUUGCAUAGUCUAUAUUUGUUUUAUUUAUGUUUAUUAUUACCAUAAAAUGUGAGAUAGGUGUAUAAGAUUUCAAUGUUCAGGAAAAUCCUGUAUCGUAUUUUUCAUAAAAUGAAAAUAGUAAAAUGAAAAAUUGGAAAAAGAAAAAAAAAAAUGUACUUGUAUAUUUUGAUCAUUUCUUCUCAAUGCUUGUUGUGGUGGUUGUUUGAAAUCGCUAUUAUAUAAAUAUAUUUUACUACACAUAAACCAAUUAUAUUUCUUAUACAUAUGUUUAUCCUUCACGCUUUAAAAGAAUUAUUUCUUGUGUAAAAAUUUUAUAAAGGUGAUAUCUUGUUAUUGUGAAUAUAUUGAAAUUAUAAAUUG